CUGGUCAAUAUAAUGGAUCAUCCUGUAUUGAGGAUCAAAGCCAGGCCACGGGUACUUUUCAGAUGCAAUUUACAUAACAAUGGCUAACUGUGAACUUUAAAACCAUGUUACUUAAAAAAAAUAUACUGUUCAAAUGCGACAGCCUAUGACAAUCCGUAAUCACUAAUAAUCAUUACCAUCAGUAAUUAGUGGAAUUAAAGGCUAAAGUCUGGGCCACGUUUUUUUCCAAAGGCCCCACACACAGUAGCCUACUAAAGACCGAAGGGUGUUGCAUGCAUAUAAUUCGGAAUUUAAUAGGACCUCUAUGGCUUCAUGAAUGAAGUGUCUCUGAUGUCACUUUGUUUACCUCUGCGUCGGAGUGACACGCCUUCCAUUCCAGGCAUAUAAAACCUCAGGGAUUCAGAGGCACUCCAGCAGACUUCGAAAUUGAUCCAAAAGUACUUUUCAGGAUGACAGUGAUCAUUCUACUCCUGCUGGUACUUGCGUUGACAUUUUCUGAAGCGGAGGACAAUGAGCUGUUCUCCGUGAUCAGCACCCCCCCUGAGAAGGGCCAGAGUGUUUUACCUGGCCAGAAUCAGAGCACGAGGCUAGGGGUCAAAGACCCCUCUCCCCCCAUCAACGAGCUCCUGGAAAAGGGCAGCAAAGUCGGGGACACCAAGUACGCCCUCCACCCCCUUCCCUCGGGGGUCUGGCCCAAGCACAGUGACCCUCGCCCCGGCCUCCACAACAAGAGCAAGAAGGGCCCUAAAAAUGACCGCCUGAUUGAGCACAACAGCGAGAAGAACCGCGGCGAGGUGAGUCUAGUGCUUCCCAAAAUGCCACUGACCGCUGCCACCAACCGCACACAGAAAGUAAACGUGGACCCUCAUCGGGACCCCCACACCAACUUCAACAACCCCCCACAGAGUGACCCGGACAGUCACCCCAACUCCAGACCCAGGGGCCAACCUCACUCGGCCCCCUCCCCUCACAGGGACCCCUCAACCAGAAAGCUGGACCCGGAGGAGAACCGCCCUGGGGGGAAGUCCAGUCUGUACCAGUCCGGCGGUGCCACCCGGAAUAACAGCCGCUCAUCUGUGCUCCUCAACCGUCGCUCCUCCAGCCUGCUCUACCAUUUCGACAUUCUGAAACGAGAGUCUGACUUCCCUCACGAGGCCGUCUGCAUGAGUGAGUGCAGGAAGGAGAAGGAGGAGAGAGAGCACUACUGCUACAGUGAAUUUGCCGUCAAUGGGGUCGUUCACGACAUAGACGUGGUGCGUAAGGGGAUUAGACUCCUCACACUGAUGGUGAGCAGCGAUGGCUUCUACAAGAUGAGCCGCCUCUACGUCACUCCAGACAGCUUCUUUCUCAAAGUGCGUCUCCUUGUCCUGGACACCUACAAAUGUAGCAAGCCUUGUCCUGACAUCAAACUAGGUAGCCGGUACAUUGUAAUGGGUCAGAUCUACCACCGGAGGCGCCACCUCCCCAACGACCUCUUGGCCCUGCUGGGGGGAAAACUGAAGCCAGGGGACGGCCUCCUGCGUAGCAACAACUACGUCAAGCGCUUCAACAAGAGGAGACAUCAGAAAGCCCUGGAGGCCACCCGCUCCAAGUGUAGGUAAAACCAAAACAGACUAUCGCCCCCCCCUGCAGUGGCGGAAAAGACAUUGCAGUCGUCAACAUGAAGUGACUGUGACCUAUAACCCCUACAGCAUUUCAGCAGAGACGUAGAUGGACGAGGCCAAUAUGUUGUUUUUUUCCGGCAUGGACCUCCUGCACUUGUUUGUGUCAUAAUCCAGGUUGAGUGGUAAUUUUUUUGCUUGUCUGUCUUUACCUUGAGACUUUGCGUCCUCCUUGAUAGAAGACACAAGUGGAGUCUAUAUCAAAGGUUCUCGUCUUUCAACCUCUGCUUGAAGUAUUGCCCCAUCAGAUUUCCUAAAUGGAUUAUUAUUUUAUUUUGUUUUUAAACCUUUAUUUAACUAGGCAAGUCAGUUAGAACAAAUUAUUAUUUACAAUGACUGCCUACCCGGGCCAAACACGGACGACACUUAUUAUUGUGAAUGAGCAUAGAGUUGGCUAGAGGGCACACUUAACAAAGAUAAAAGAUGAGCUCUCUAGUAUUUCUCUACUCUAGUCAUUUAUUAAGAUGUCAUAGUACUGAAAAUGAUACUUUAUUCAUGCCUGGUACUUGAAUUGGUCAGAUCAGUGCCUCUCAAAUUGGUUUAUUUUACGAUUGAAAAAUUUCUGCCAGUGAACUCAGAGUUCUGGUUCAAUGGAAUAAUUCAGGUAGAGGACAUUUUCAUUGGCUAAUCCGAUGUAAAACAACUUUUCAUCAGAAUGUUUUGGUUGUCCCGUGUCAACACUUGAAGAUGGUGUCUGAGCAUGUGAAUGAAGCCCAUAUUUACACCGAGGGAGGAAGACUUCAAACUCCAGCCCCACUAUUCACACCAACACACCCGCACAUCUUCAAUUUGGCUUGUUCCAAGUUACCCUAAUCAUCCAUGUUCCAAGUUAUCCUAAUUAUCCAUGUUCCAAGUUAUCCUAAUCAUCCAUGUUCCAAGUUAUCCUAAUCAUCCAUGUUCCAAGUUAUCCUAAUCAUCCAUGUUCCAAGUUAUCCUAAUCAUCCAUGUUCCAAGUUAUCCUAAUUAUCCAUGGGAAAGACUAUCUGUUCAGAUCUAAUCACACUGGUGAUUCUCCAAUGGCAAGUGUCCAAUCCCAUUUCCCCUUUAGCACUUGGUAGGAAACUUUAAAGGACUUCCUAUUGACUGAAUAUACAAUAACAGCAAACUCCUAUUUAUGCCUGUAAGAAAAGCUGUCAAAUUUUCAUACUGUUUUUUUGUGCCUGUCAUUUGAUUGCAGGAAAUGCACUUUUACUGUUUGUGAAAAAUAAGGGGGGGUGGGAUGAAAGACUGGAAAAGCAUCAACAACAAACCCCAGAGGAGGAAAAGUUGAGAAGACAGAAAAGAGACUAAAAUCAACCCAUUUUUCUAAUAUUAAAGAUGUGUACAGUUUGAAAUAUCCAAUGGAGAAAACAGACUUCAUAAGGGAACCGUGUGGUAUUAGUGAGUGUUUUUGUAAAUCUAAUCAGGGGAAUCUGAUCCCCAGCGCACCUGGACACACAGGCUUCAGAAAAGUGAGGCUCUCCUUGCCGGUUCUUUUUGGAGAUGGUGGGGGGAAAGCUAAUGCCACCUCUGGCCUUUACUUGUUCAUACACGCAAACAUACACACGCGCGCACACACACAUCCGAUGGGGCAAAAGCUCAAAGGAGGCAUUUGAGGAUGGCAAAGGGAAGAUGAAAAGGGGAAGGAGAGAGGGAGGAGUGAAGGAGAAAAAGAAAGAAGGAAAAGGUUAUAUCGUCUUCAGAAAGUAUUCACACCCUUUACUUUUUCCACAAUUUGUUGUAUUACAAAGUGGGAUUAAAAUGGAUUUAAUUGUAAUUUUUGGAAGGUGGAAGAAUAAAAAAACAAACAUUUAUUACAAAUUUAUGAAAAAUUAAAUACUAAUAUCUUGAUUAGGUAAGUAUUCAUCUCCCCAUAGACAAUACAUGCUAGAAACACCUUUGGAAGAUAUUACAGAGUCUUUGUAGGUAAGUCUCUAAGUGCUUUGCACACCUAGAUUGUACAAUACUUGGCCAUUAUUCUUUGUAAAAUUCUUCAAGCUCUGUCAAGUUUGUUGUUGAUCAUUGCUAGAAAGCCAUUUUUAAGUCUUGCCAUAGAUUUUCAAGCCAAUUUAAGUCAAAACUGUAACUAGGAACAUUCAAUGUUG